AUGAACACGGACAAUCAACCUCCAAUGAACAAACAUCCAACAAUCACCCCAUAUAGAUCAAUAGAUGACCUAAAACAAGUAAAAGAUUGGUUCUAUAACUUUUCACCUGAUCGAGAUAAUCGUCAAAGAGCAAUUUCAAAAGUAAAAGCCUGGAGCUCUCGCGGAAGAAUCCCUCAUGGAAUUGAAUCAACUUCCUUAUUAACGUCAACCAUCUUAACUGAUACAACCAAUGUCGAUGCCCAUGUCUUACAAUUAUCAUAUUGUAUGGCCUUGAUUCGAUUCGUGAAUGGGAUAUUGGAUCCCUUGCAACAGGGGAAUUAUGCUAUUCCCUUACAUCAUUUAGCGAAAUCAAUUGGAUUGCCGGGUUUUUUUGUGGAAUUGAGACAUAUGGGAACCCAUGAGGGAUUACCGAGUUUGAGUAUGCUUAGGAUUGCGAGUCGACAUGCUUUGAAUUGGUUGUAUGAUAAUUAUUGGUCACAUAUAGAAGAUGAGAUUUAUGAUGAUGAGGAGGAGGAUGAAGAGGAAAUGUCGGAGUCUGAUUUGGCGGUGGUUAGUCGAAUUGUGAAGUUGAUACAGAAGUCGAUUGAGAAAUAUGAUAUAUAUAAUAAUUUGAAGACAUUUAAGAAGAUACGAAAGAGCAACCUUGAUGUGGUGUAUAAACGUGGGGAUAAGUCAAGUGAGAUUGCAGUUAAGUAUGGGAAAUGUUUGAAUCAACUUAGAGAUUUUGUGCUGCAGGAAAGUAGUGAUGAAUUGAAAGAAAUGGGGUUAAGCUAUCCAGAACUUUUAAUUAGAUUACUUAUACAUAAGAAAUACUUGAUUUAUAAUCAAGAUAAGCUAAAGGAUAAAAAGACAAAGUUUAAUCCUUUAAUUAUCAAGUUAUAUCGUCCCUUGAUUGAUGAUCUUGGUUUUGAAUUCAAAGUAACAUGCUUCAGAGUUAUCCAUAAUAUUUUAAAUCCGCCUGAGCAGAAUCCAAUAGAAUUAAAAGUAUAUCAAAAUUUGGAGUUUGAUGAAAUAGAUCACCCAGAUGAAAUUGUCCAGUUACUUGAAUGGUUUGGUUUUUUCAUAGAAGAGCUCUUAACUUCCAAGGGUUCAAGUGACUAUAAGUUUCAUAUAUAUAACGUGGAGAUCAACAAUAGAAAUUCAUUGCUUGAGUUAAUAAUAAAUAAGUUGCAAAUAUUAUAUGAGACUGUAGAUGAAAAGACAAAGUCUACUUUCAAUAAUAUCAUAUCCAAAAUAUUGACACUAAUAACAACAAACAAGAAUUUCAAAAACUUAUACAAUCAAGAAAACAAAUCACGAUUAGAAGAAUGGUAUAAACUGAUUUGUAACCUUGAAGAAAUGAAAAAGACAUAUGAAUUGCCACCAUCAAUUGAUGAUUUAUUGGGAUUAUCAGUCUCACCAAGUCCAGCCUCAUCCAUAAAGCGAGAAAUUGACGAUGGUGAAUCUGCCCCACUACCAGACAAGAAACAAAAGACAUCAUCAACACAACCAAAAGAAGUUAUUCAUUAUUUAUUUAAACCUCAUGAAGUUUGGCAACCAACUUCAUUUGGUAAUUUUAUAUAA